AUGUCUACACUAUUACCACCACCUACAAAGAAACAGAAGAAGGAGGCUCAACAACCUCGUGAUAUUGGUUUAGUACCAGAAGGUUUACCAAAUAUAUCUAUUAAAUUCCAAGCCUUGGACACAGGUGAGGCUGUUGGCCAUUCUUUAAGAGUACCAGCUGGAAUAACAGAAAAGCAAUUAGAGGAGUUGUUAAACCAGUUAAAUGGUAAUACCGACGAUCCUGUACCAUACACAUUUAGUUGUGAUGUUCCGGGGAAGAAAGCAUCUGACCCUCAGCAAACCGUUGAUAUAGUGGAUAAUCUUUACUUAUCUCUGUUGAAACCAGGACACAAGACUUCAGAAGAUACUGUGACUUUAGUUUUUACACCAAAGGCAGUUUUCAAAGUUAGACCUGUCACUAGAAGUUCUUCGGCCAUUGCAGGUCAUGGUUCUACCAUUCUAUGUUCAGCAUUUGCUCCUCAUACAAGUUCGAGAGUUGUCACUGGUGCUGGAGAUAACACUGCCAGAAUCUGGGAUUGUGAAACUCAAACACCAAUGGCAGUUCUAAGUGGCCAUACCAAUUGGGUGCUAUGUGUUUCAUGGUGUCCCGACGGUGACCUGAUCGCUACAGGAUCAAUGGAUAACACCAUUAGACUUUGGGAAUCUCAACAUGGGAAAGCGGAAGGUGAUGCAUUGAGAGGCCAUCAGAAAUGGAUUACGUCGUUAGCUUGGGAACCUGUACAUCUUGUAAAACCAGGCGAAAGACCUCGGUUAGCGUCUGCAUCAAAGGAUGGUACCAUCAAGAUCUGGGAUACUACAAGAAGAGUAUGUUUGUACACCCUAAGUGGCCAUUCGAACUCUGUUUCCUGUGUAAAAUGGGGUGGUCAGGGUCUAUUAUACACUGGUUCUCACGACAAGACAGUUAGAGUAUGGGAUAUGAAGCAAGGUGGUAAAUGUAUUAAUAUAUUGAAGAAUCACGCACAUUGGGUGAAUCACCUGUCUCUAUCAAGUGAUUAUGCUCUAAGGAUUGGUGCAUUUGAUCACACUGGUAUGAAACCAGCUACUCCACAAGAGGCUCAAGCAAAGGCUCUGGCUAACUAUGAGAAAGUUGUUAAGAAGAACGGUACCCUUGAAGAAUUGAUGGUUACUGCCAGUGAUGAUUUCACGAUGUUCCUAUGGAACCCAACAAAGACCACAAAACCAUUAGCCAGAAUGACUGGUCAUCAGAAACUAGUGAAUCACGUUGCGUUCAGUCCCGAUGGCAGAAAUAUUGUAUCUGCAUCUUUUGAUAAUUCUAUUAAAUUGUGGGAUGGCCGUGACGGGAAAUUUUUGGCCACCUUUAGAGGUCAUGUUGCUAGUGUCUACCAGGUUGCAUGGUCCUCAGAUUGCCGUCUACUAGUGUCAUGUUCCAAGGAUACCACACUAAAGGUUUGGGACGUUAGAACCCGUAAACUUUCCGUUGAUCUUCCAGGUCAUAAGGACGAAGUUUACACAGUAGAUUGGAGUGUAGAUGGGAAACGUGUUUGUAGUGGUGGUAAAGACAAGAUGGUUAGACUUUGGACUCACUGA